CAGGGACGCGCGACGGGCCCGAAAUCCUCACGCUCUAUGCAUCGCUGCAGACGUCUGUGCCUGCACCAUGACGGCCGUCCAGAGUCCUGAGCCGCAGCAGUCGGCCGCCAAUGGCGCCAGCGGCGCAAAGCCGCGCCGGAACUCGACCAUCCUCAACCCACGGUCCUACGUCGCCGAAGAGCUGUCCAAGCAGGCGCCGAUCCUGGUGGGCAGCACCAAAUUCGAGCCCCUCCCAGAUGCGCACAACAUCCUCGUCACGGGCGGGGCCGGGUUCAUCGCCUGCUGGUUCGUCCGCCACCUGGUGCUCACGUACCCGCACUACAAGGUGGUCUCAUUCGACAAGCUCGACUACUGCGCGACGCUGAACAACACGCGCAUGCUCGACGGCCGGCCCAACUUUGCCUUCGAGCACGGCGACAUCACGGCACCGGCCGACGUCAAGCGCGUGCUGCGCAAGCACAACAUCGACACCAUCUUCCACUUCGCGGCGCAGUCGCACGUCGACCUGAGCUUCGGCAACUCGUACCAGUUCACGAACACGAACGUCUACGGCACGCAUGUCCUGCUCGAGCGGGCGCGACAGCACGGAGUCACGCGCUUCAUACACAUCUCCACCGACGAGGUGUACGGAGACGUGCCGGUCGGCGCCGCCGACCUCAGCGAGGCGAGCAUCCUUGCGCCCACCAACCCGUACGCUGCCAGCAAGGCUGCGGCCGAGAUGAUGGUCAGCGCAUACCGGAACAGCUUCAAGCUGCCGCUAAUGACAGUGCGCGCCAACAACGUCUACGGACCGCAUCAGUUCCCCGAGAAGAUCAUACCUAAGUUCAUUAUGCUGCUGCGGCGAGGGCAGAAGCUGCUUGUGCACGGCGACGGCUCGCCGACGCGCCGCUACCUGUACGCCGGCGACAUCGUCGACGCGCUCGACACCAUCCUGCACAAGGGCGUCAUCGGUCAGGUCUACAACAUUGCGUCCAAGGACGAGGUGUCCAACACGGAAAUCUGCCACCGGCUGCUGGACAUGUUCGGGAUCCCGCGCCAGAGCGCCGCGGAGCGCGACAAGUGGGUGCAGCACACGCCUGAUCGGCCGUUCAACGACCAGCGGUACGCAACCGAUGGCUCAAAGCUGACGGCGCUGGGCUGGACGCCGAAGAUGGACUUUGGCGAGGGCCUGCGCAUCACGGUGGACUGGUACCGGCGGUUCGGCGAGGUGUGGUGGGGCGAUAUCAGCAGGGUGCUGACGUCGUUUCCCGUGGUGGCAGGCAACGAGAUAUGGACCAUGGAGGAGCAUGACGAGCUGCCGUCGUCCGACGAGGAAAUGGUGCCUGCCGCGGGCGCGGGCGCUGGCGCGACGUGGACGAAGACGGCGUGGAACAGGUUGCAGGCGUCGGGGGGGACGGUGUAGGAGGCGGGGGCUUGUGUUUUGCAUAGACGGCCGCAUCGGCGUUUGAGAUACCCAUCUGCGCAUUGGAGGCGUACGCGCGUAAUUGAGAGCUGCACAUGCGCAAUUCAAAGAAAUGUCC